AUGAAGAUGGGAACAAGGUUUGAGCGAUUGAGAGACAAGAUCCUAAUGAAAAAGCCUUCCACUUUCCAAGAGUUAAUGGCAAUAACGCAUAAGUAUGUAGAACUGGAUGAAGCGAGAAGAACGCAGACGAAGCAAUACAAGGAAGACAAACCGGAGAGAUACCGCAGUAGAGGAGGAGAUGACAGAGCAGCACCAGUAGAGAUAUUCAGCUGGAUGAAGAAUAAUAGAGUCAUGUACAACGCACCCAGAAAACUACACCAGACAAAGAGAGAGACAAGCAAGUAUUGUAGAUUUCAUGAGGGAUAUGGCCAUGACACAGAUAGAUGCUGGGAUUUGAAACGGGAGAUAGAACAGCUGAUCCAGUCAGGAGUAUUGAAGAAGUUCGUACACACGGAAGGAAAUGCAGAAAAAAGGAAACCCGAGCACGUAGAUAAAGAAGAGGCAAAUAAAAGAUUCAAAGAGCCCAUGGGCGUGAUCAACAUGAUAGAAGGGGGGGAACCCUAUUCAAAGUCACAGAAGAAGAAGAUUCGUAAGGGCGUAUACUCGAUAAGUACUAAAACAGCCGUAGAAGAGCUACCGCUAGUCACCUUCGGACCAGAAGAUGGGAAGCAUGAAGCGCAGUUAAUCUCCUCACCUUCCGUUCCUUUAGUGGGCUUAGGAGGAAAGCCUAUCAGACCAGAAGGAAUGGUAGAGCUGGAUAUAAUUUUGGGAGAAGCAGAAGAAGGGCCACUAAAGACCAUGACAGCAGUUUUCAACGUAGUGGAUAUUCCUUUGGCGUACAAUACAAUUUUGGGAAGGCCUUUCCUGUACCGGUGUGGCGCGGUUACCAGCAUCAGAUGGCUGACACUUAAGAUUCCUGACGAAGAAGGGAUAGUAACCGUGAAAGGGAGCCAGAUAGCUGCACGAGAAUGCAAUUUGAUAACUGAAGAAAAAGGCGAAAGUUUGAACAUUGAGGCAUUCCCUUAA